AUGAAAAUUCGCAACUCCCCUUCAUCGAGGACGGUUGUCCAGCUCUCCAGCGGGAAAGCACCCGGAUCGGACGCGAUCCCUGCUGAGGUAUACAAGCACGGAGGUCCCCAACUAAUGGAUCACCUGACUGCGCUCUUCCAAGAGAUGUGGCGUCAAGGUGAAGUCCCGCAAGAUUUCAAAGACGCAACCAUCGUGCAUCUCUACAAGCGCAAAGGGAAUCGCCAAGUCUGCGACAAUCACCGCGGCAUCUCCCUGCUGAACAUCGCCGGGAAGAUCUUCGCACGAAUCCUCCUCAACCGCCUCAAUAACCAUCUGGAACAGGGCCUUCUGCCGGAAAGCCAAUGCGGCUUCCGUCGUCAUCGUGGGACCACGGAUAUGAUCUUCGCCGCCCGUCAACUUCAGGAGAAGUGUCAGGAGAUGCGGACCCACCUGUACUCUACCUUCGUGGACCUGACGAAAACCUUCGACACGGUGAAUCGUGAAGGACUGUGGAAGAUCAUGCAGAAAUUCGGCUGUCCGGAGCGAUUCACUCAGAUGGUGCGUCAGCUGCACGACGGUAUGAUGGCGCGAGUCACGGACAACGGAGCUGUCUCAGAGGCAUUCGCAGUGACCAACGGAGUGAAGCAGGGCUGUGUGCUGGCGCCUACCCUCUUCAGUCUUAUGUUCUCCGCUAUGCUGAUGGACGCCUAA